AUGGUGUUUGGGUUGAUGCCGCUAGUGUCCGCCCGUUGUGCAUGCCGGGUGGUGGGCGAUCCGGAAAGAGGUAACCUAAUCGAGACGCUGAGUGCAGCUCUCGACCAAUGGAGAUGGCACUUGCUGGAAUACGGUCCGAAAGAGUUGACGGUGUUGCUAGAUGUCCGGAUGGCUACAAGGCCGUGGCAUGCAGGAUCUGAGGAUUGUGGCCUCUGCAACGGGUAUCUGCUUCUCCGUUUCAAGGACCUGCAGGUCUGCCUGCUGGCGACUAGGAGAAACAUGUAUAAGUAUAUGUCAUCCUUUGAGACACACGUCCUUCUCCCAAGCCUCAUCAAAACAGCCAACUAUCGACUAUGGUUCGUUGUUAGAUCGUCUCCAUCAUAA